AUGGAUAAGUUUGGGCUAUGGGACGUUCCAUUUUCGUCAUUCUGCAAGCUGGUCGGUCAGGCGGCCAAUACCGAACAAAUCGACGAGCUGAAGUCCAAGUUUCCGAAUGUUUUCAUUGACCGGAUGGGGCUUUGUACGAAAACCGAAGUCCAGUUUACCCUGAAAAGCGACGUUCGUCCGGUGUUCAGGCCCAAAAGACCGGUAUCAUACAGCAUGGAAUCUGUGGUGGCGGAUGAACUGAAGCGACUGGAGGGCAAAGGCAUAAUUUCACCGGUAUCCUACGCCGACUGGGCGGCACCGAUUGUCGUAGUUCGAAAACCUGAUCGGUCGGUGCGCAUAUGUGCAGAUUUUUCCACGGGGUUGAACGAUGCCCUCGAAUCCAACAACUACCCUCUGCCAUUGCCGGAGGACAUCUUCAAUCGUAUGGCUGGCUGUACCAUGUUCAGCCACAUCGACCUCUCCGACGCCUACUUACAAGUGCCGGUGGCUGAAGAAAGUAAGAAGCUUGUAACCAUAAAUACUCACCUUGGUCUAUACCAGUACAACCGGUUACCACCCGGAAUCAAGAGCGGUCCGGGGGCAUUUCAACAAAUUAUGGACGCCAUGUUAACCGGAAUAUCCUGCACCACUCCAUUCAUCGACGAUAUCCUCGUUGGUGGUCGUACUCCCGAAGAACACAAACGGAACCUGCAUUUGACACUUCAGCGCAUGGAAGAAUAUGGUUUCACCGUAAAAAUUCAAAAGUGUCGAUUUUUCAUGCGCCAAGUGAAGUAUCUGGGUCAGCUACUGGACUCCCAAGGCAUCCGUCCAGAUCCAGACAAGGUCAAGGCAAUCGUCAACAUGCCUCCACCUCAUGACGUUUCCAGCUUACGGUCUUAUCUCGGGGCCGUGAAUUACUACGGGAAGUACAUCCGGGAAAUGAGGAACCUUCGACAACCGCUGGAUGCACUUCUGAAGGAAAAUUCCACAUUUCAGUGGACUCAAGCCUGCCAGCUUAGUUUCGACCGUUUCAAGGAGAUUUUGCAGUCUCCGCUCAUGCUAACACACUACAAUCCACGGUUCCCUAUCGUGGUGUCUGCGGAUGCAUCAAAUGUUGGCAUAGGAGCACGCAUCGCACAUCGCUUUCCUGAUGGAUUGGAAAAGGCUGUCUACCAUGCAUUCCGAAGCCUGACUCCGGCCGAGUCCAGAUACAGCCAAAUUGAGAAAGAAGCGCUAGGUCUUAUUUUCGCGGUGACAAAAUUUCACCGAAUGAUAUAUGGGAGACAAUUUGUUUUGCAAACAGAUCAUAAGCCCCUGUUAGCGAUUUUCGGCUUUAAGCGCGGUAUUACUCCAUACACCGCCAAUCGCUUACAGAGAUGGGCUCUUACCAUGCUUUUAUACGAAUUCCGCAUUGAAUAUAUUUCGACGGAUCACUUUGGUCACGCUGACAUCCUUUCUCGUCUGAUUAACUCCCACAUUAAACCUGAUGAAGAUUAUGUCAUUGCGUCAAUCGAGAUCGAAAAAGUGAUCUGA